AUGGCAUCCUCCACGCCCACGCCCUCCGGCUCUUGCCGCUGCCACCAGUCGGGCUUGCCGCCGGUCGACCUGAAGCCUCUGUUGACCAAACUCUGGCCCGUCAAGACGGAGGUGACGGCCGAUGAAAUUGCCGAGGCCAUCUCUCACUUCUUCACAAAUCAGGUGACCGAGGCGCAGACCGCUGCCCUGUUGAUGGCCCUUCACUUCACCAAGUUGGAUUUCCGAGCAGAUGUUUUGCAAAAGACGGCGGGCGUCAUGCUGAAGGCUGCCGAGGACAUUCCGGCGAAGGAGCUCAAACAGGUCCUUGCGAGAAGAGGCAGGAAGGAAGGCGCUUAUAAUGGCGGCUUGUGCGACAUUGUUGGCACGGGAGGCGACUCUCACAACACCUUCAACGUCAGCACGACGGCAUCCAUCCUGGCCUCUUCGCUUCUCAUGGUAUCCAAGCACGGGAACAGAGCCAGCACCUCCAAGUCAGGCAGUGCCGACAUGAUCAACAGCAUGAAACCCAGGGCGCCGAUCCUGAACGCUGUCAAGCCCGACUCCCUACUCAGGGUCUAUUCGUCGACCAACUACAGCUUCCUAUUUGCACCCGUUUUUCAUACCGGCAUGCGCUACGUUGCGCCCAUUCGGAAACAGCUGCCAUUCAGAACCAUCUUCAACAACUUGGGCCCGCUAGCAAACCCCGUGGAGGAUGUCCUGGAGGCACGUGUAAUUGGUGUCGGAAGACGGGACCUUGGUCCUGCCUUUGCUGAGGCGCUGAAAACUGCAGGUUGCCGCAAGGCCCUGGUUGUCUGCGGAGAGGAGGAGCUAGACGAGAUUAGUUGCGCCGGCGCGACCCUUUGCUGGAUGAUCCGGGAGAAGUCUCCCGGCAGUGAGAUCGAAAUUGAGCACUUUACCAUUACUCCGGAGGACUUUGGUGCCACGCGUCAUCCCCUCAGCGAAGUAUCGCCGGGCAAAGAAGCGGCUGAGAAUGCCGAAAUCUUGCGACAAAUUCUAUGCGGAGAGUUCCCCGACCAAGAUCCGCUAAUCGACUUCAUCGCCAUCAACACGGCGGCGCUUUUCGUGGUGGCAGGCAUUUGUGAGGCCGACACCAGUGAUAUGGGACACGGCGACGACGGCAAGGUCAUCUUGGAGCGUGGCCACGCUGGUCAGCGUUGGAAGGAGGGAUUCAGAAGAGCCAAGUGGGCUAUCAAGAGCGGCGAGUCUUGGAAGCAGUGGCAAGCGUUUGUCAACAUUACCAACGAGAUUGGUUCAUGA